UCUGCUCCGCUCCGCCUGCUGGUGUUUCAGAAUCGUCCGCAAUGGAAGUGGUUAAGGACAUCACGGAGACGGCGGCCGUGGACCUGGGGGACCUGCUGGACGCUGGGGACGACGCCGUGGUGAUACUCGAGGCGGGCGACACGCGGCUGUUGGCGCACAGGGCCGUCCUGGCGGACAGGAGCCCUGUGUUCGCCGCCAUGUUCGCCCACGACACCCUCGAGGCCAGCAGCGGCGCGGUGAGCAUCCCGGACGUGGGGGGCCCAGUGCUCAGGCAGCUGGUCUCCUACCUGUACACCCUGCGGGCCCCCCAGCGGCCCGGCGCGGCCCCCCAGCUGCUGGCCGCAGCGGAUAAAUACGGGGUGUCGCGGCUGAAGGCAGAGUGCGAGCGGCAGGUGGCCGCUCAGCUGACUGUGGAGACUGCGGCAGCAGCAGCCGUCCUCGCAGUCCGCCACUCCUGCAGUGACCUCAGGCGAGCUGCCAUCGAAUUUAUUAAGACCUGUCCCUUCGAGGUGAUGGCCACUCAGGGGUGGGCAGAUGCGAUGCGGAAGCAGCCGGAAGACUUGAUCGAAGUGAGCCGGUUGCUGUACGACCCACCACCAAAACGCAGGAGCCUCUCUGCAGAGGAGAGGGCCAGGAGGCUGCUCCAGGCGGCUGAGGGGGGGGCAGUGGGGCAGCUGAGGGCGCUGAUCGCCGCAGGGGCCGACCUGGAGGCGAGGGGCGGGCAGUGGGGGUGGACCGCCCUGCACUGGGCAGCGUCCAAUGACCACGCAGAAGUGGCGGCUGCGCUGCUCGCCGCGGGUGCCGACAGGGGGGCCAAAACUGCUGAUCGUGGGCAGACAGCGCUGGACAUCGCCAGGCAGUACAACGAGAGGCGGCUGGUGGAGAUGCUGUCAUGA